GGUCCAUUUUUUCCCUAGUCCUUUCCAGUCGAAUUUAUUUUCAUUAUUACGUUGGCUUGGCUGGGGUCUGCAAUGUUGUCACCAGCUAUUAUAAAACCAUGUAUUUGUCAGUAGACGCGUGCUUGAAUGAAAAAGGUAUCCACAAAUUGAAGCGUGCUAUCUUGUGCGUUGCCUACUGUUCUUCUACCUAGAUGUUUUGGUGCUACGUCGGUCAAAUUUAACUGAAAAAACACAUUGAUGUUUUUUUUAAUGGAACACCCAUGAUAACUCUCUUCUGCCAUUUCAGUCUGGGAGCGGAAGUUCGAGCCGGAUAAUCUGUGGGAACUGGCUUUGCCCCUGUACGAACGGUGUUUGCAAGGCGAUGCCACCGCUGCCCCCUUGCCUCAUGAACUGGGCUUCUAUUUUCGCGAACUUGCAUACAAUUUUUCGGAGGACCUUGUGGAGGCGUACAAGCUGAUCCCCCUCGUUAACCUCGUGAUGACCACGGCGUUCCCCUGGUAUGAAGGACAAAACUACAGCGUUCCGACACUAGAGAUGGCUCGAGUUAGGCCUCUCAUGGAUGCCGAGUACGUCACGGCGGAUUCGGCGAAGCCACACAUGGCCCGCCUUAUUUAUGACAUCUGGAACGGCGUCACUCCGAACAAUAGGCUCCACAGGGCGGACGCGGGAAUCUUGGCGCAGGCGGAAGCUCGCAUCGCUGAGAGGGUACCAGUCGUGAUGCAUAAGAUACCCAUAAGCCUUCAAGAAGUAACGGGUGGGGAUCCGGUGGAAGAGGAAAUCGCCGCCUAUGUUCGUAACUACGAGCGCUACACCUUUCAAGGACGAGUACGCGUCAUGUUCCCCGCUGGUCUGGGAGCAUUAAAACGCCUCAACCAAUCGCACACACAGCCCACAAACCGAUAUGCCCGCCUGAUUGAGUGGCUGCACGUGGCAGCUCGGCUCGCGCUGGCGACGGGCAUCGAGCCGGCGGCCAGCGCCGCGGUGACCCUGAUGACCGGCGUGUUGGGCGAGGCGCACAGCGAGCGCCGCUGCCUGACGCUCUUCGACACCGAGGCCCGGCCGUUCGCCUUCGACCGCGUGCGGGCGAUGCUUCACACCGACGAGACGGCCGCCAUGGUGAAGCCGGCGAAACACAAGCGCCACAAGAACAAGCACAUGACGAUGUGGUCGUGGAUCGUCAAGCCCAACGCUGCCGAACAGAACCGAUCGUGA